AUGGGCAACGGAGCCAAAGCACAGCAAAAGCGCGAUCGCGCGAAGGAAAAGGGACCCAAGGAGGCCAAGAGCCAGCUGAAAUCUAACCUCGCCGCCAAGUCCAUCAAAUGCAAGACCUGCUUCCAGGACUUCCAGAGCACCACCAGCCAGAAGAUGCUGGGCGAGCACGCUUCAAACAAGCACAACAAGGCCUUUACCGACUGUUUCAACGGCGACGACGGUGUGGCCAAGUAA